AGAUUUCAUGAUGACGUAACCAGGAAGUAGCUGCAGCCAGAUUCGACGAAAUCCAAAUCAUCGGCAGAAAAUGAGUCGCAUUUAUGACAACAACCCUUUAUUAAACAAACCUGUCCAUAAUGAGAAAUUCUCCUCCACAUGGGAUCCAUUAGUUCACCAGAGUGGUCAUGGUGUCAUUUUAGAGGGGACGGUCUUGGAUGUGUCACGCCAUGUCAUAACAGAUGUGAACAACAGAAAGGAGCGCUACAAUGUAUUGUACAUCAAACCAAGCAGAAUCCAUCGCAGAAAAUAUGAUUCAAAAGGAAAUGAGAUUGAACCUAACUUUAGUGAUACCAGGAAGGUCAACACAGGAUAUCUGAUGUCAUCCUUCAAAGUGGAGGCUAAGGGUGAAACAGAUUGUCUAAAUGAGUGCCAACUGAGUGACAUUGUGAAUAAGGAUCAGCUGGUUAAAGUAACAGCAAAACAUUGUCCUAGUCAGGCCUUUGCAUUCUGGAUCUCAGAAGUAGAGAUGGACAGAACAGAGCUUGAGUCAGGCCAAGAAAUCCGUCUUAAAACGAAAGGAGACGGACCCUUUAUUUUUUCCUUUGCCAAAUUGGAUGGUGGUACAGUGACGAAAUGCAACUUUGCAGGAGAUGAGAACGCUGGAGCAUCGUGGACAGAGAAAAUAAUGGCUAACAAAGCAGAUCAGGAAGAUGCAGGGAAGAGUGGCGGUCAGGGCGAGGGAGCAGACGAUGAAGAAUGGGAUGACUGAAUGACACCAUUGAGCUUCAAGGAUUGCAUCACAGUGCCUUAUCUGUCCUCCAAAUGUAUAUUUACGGCUACACCACAAAACAAGACCUAACUGUCAGUAUUCAUAUGUUAUCACAUAAAAGUAUCAUAAAUAAACAGCAAAAGUGCCAUUGAAAUUAAGACAUUUAUGUUUUAUAAUGUACUUAAGUAUUUCAUGUGUGUAUUAAAGAUAUAUCCUUAAGAUCAUUAAGCACUGUAAAUUGAAAACAGUUGUACUAUUUCAUAUUUAGAGAUGCAGCAAUAUUAAAAUUAUGGCUGAUAGCCAAUUAAUGGCAUUAUUUUAAAAGAAUAAAAACUACUCAGAUUAAUUGUAUUAAACACUACAAUUGAAUCACUAGGUACUUGGUUAGGCAUCACAACAUUAUGUACGGUAUAAAAGUGUAUAUUUAUUUUGAGAUUUCCUAAAGAUUACAUAAAUGACCGUUUAAACGGCAGCAAAGGUUAUCUAAAUGUGAAACAUGUACUAUCAAAUAUCUAAUAUAGACAAUAAAUAUCCUAUAUAUUUGAUAUAUUGUGCAUCCCUUAUCAUAACAUCAAAGAUCUAUUAGAGUAUGAAUACAAAAAAGUUAAAAAGGAAAAAAAAAACAGUUGUGUAAAAUGAUUGCACUUUAUUUAAAGAUUUACAUGUUUGACUCCAAUAAAAAUAUUAAGUCUCAUAAAAACACACAACAUAACCACAUCAUUCGGUUUCCAAUCAGUCAUUCCCAGAGAUCAAAGUAAUGGCUGUGGUUCUAUAAAAUGUAAUAUUUCAAAAAACUAGCUUUUAUAUUUUUUUGUGUGUAUUUUAUUUAAAUUAAACUAUACAAAUAAAAAG